UUUGAAAAUAGAUUUGGCACGACUUACAUCAACCAGCUGAAACACCGAUGCACUUAUUGAGGUCUCUUCGUCAACUGCAGAGCUAGACAAUCUCUAUAGCUAAGGAAGUGCAUUGAAGAACACCUUGAUAAAUCUAUGGUUAUAAAAUGGACGAAGGCUCAAGCAUUAUGGUCAAGAGCGUGUUUGAGGCUACACUUUAUGACGUAAACACACUGAUACAAAACAUGCAAACCAAGACAGAAGGAGCGCAGGGUCCUUGCUACGAGAAUUUGGCCGAGGAGUGGUGCAAAAUGAAAUUCUCGAAAAUUUUCAACAGACACAAUCCAGAGGAAAUCAUCGAGUUCACCCCUUUGACGUUCCUGGCCGCUAAAGUCAACCUACUUCCCCCGAUUGAAAUCAAGAGACGUUUGUAUGGCCUCCUUGUCCUCUACGGGCUCUAUUCUAAACAACCGUGCCUCAAAGUGUGCCGGAUUCCAGUGGCCCACAAAGAGUGGAACCAUCUGACGAGUCUCUUCGAAUACUGCGCUUCUAAUAACUACAAAGAGCAUUGCUUUAUUUUUGAGUCACUGUGGAGCCAACAUGCUUUUGAGUUUGUAUUCAGCCCAGUGGACCUUUCAUUUUUGGUCAGCCAGCGCGAACCUUUAGAUGAUCUGCGCGCUGUGGCUUCGGAAGCCAUUUUGCCAGAGUCAGAAGCAGAAGCUCUGUCCAAAGAUGCAUGCCAAUUGGCCAAGGAAGUGGACCUGACCAAGGUCGCAGACUACCAAAAGCAAUACAAUGAAAUUGUAUCAGGCAUCAGUGGGUUGGAUGGCAGCGACGUGGCAAAUAGGCUGCAAGGAAUUUUGGACAUUAUUCCAAAGAAACCUCCGAAGUACAUCAAGUUUGUGAAUUCAAACCUUCAGAAAAUUGACCAGGAGCAGAGCACAAGCAGAGAAAUCAGCAUUGGCGAGCGCAGAAGAAGUCUUAUUGGUCGAUCACUGACCAAAAUCGAGCCUUCUUAUGAUGAACCAGCGCCUUCAAAAGCAAGAAGGGAAGUGGACCCAAAUUACGACUUCAUUCAAACUCUAAACGGAAAAGGCAUAUACAAUUGGAUGAAUAGAAAACUGAAACGCUUGAAACAGGAACAGAGAAUGCUGGAAGAAGAAGAAAGGCAGGACUCCACUCCUACUGAUGGCAUUGAAGCAGAGGCACUUGGUUUAAUGAGCAAUCCUGAUGGAGAUGUGGACAUGCAGUGUGAUCAGACUAAAUCCCUUUCUCCACAAUUGACAGAUGAACUUACACUUGCGACAGCAUUGAGCAUGCCUAUUGUACAAUGGAAUGAUCCAGAAUAAAGCUUAUCACUUCAACCUGGCAAAU